CCGUCACACCUUGCAGUGUUUUGCUUUAAUAAGCCACAGCUCGCAGCUCGGAAAAGUGGAGAUAUCAACCACAUGUCAUCUGCUCGACAUCAUCUGCGUUUGUCGUCGCCUGGUGGCCGCACGGGGGAAGCCCACAGCGUGAGCAGACAGGCAGAGCGAAGGCACACAGGGCUCAGAGCAUGUCGCCUCCUGUUGCUGCAGCUCACUGUGGGAUCUGCUGUCGACCUUUCACACUGUACACAUGAAGGCAGAAAGCUUUUUCGCGCCUCUCCUCGCUAUGUGCGACCCGGACCUUUGGAGGAGUUUACCAGCAAAACGUCUCCUCUGAGCGUGGAGGGGGGGAAUUAACAAAAACGGGUUUGUCGUUUGCGGGGAUUUUCUUUUUCUUUUUUUUGAUACAACUUGUCAGAGAAGUCGUUUUCUGCUCUUGCUACUACAGGCGGUUUGUUCGGAGCUGCUUGCGGUGUAAAAGUGUGAAACAAGUAAAAGAGAGCAACAGAUGUUUCUGGUGGAUAUGCGGCCGGCUGAGGAAUGAAAGCAGCAGCGAGGCACCGGCGGCCCUUCCAGCGGUUCUGCUGCUGUGGAGUCGGGCUGGUCGCCGUCAUUUGGCUCGCGCAGGUCAUCCAGGCACCAGAGACAGAGUCUUUGGGGUUUCAGCCAGGCGUGAAUGGUGAGACGCUACAAUGGACACGAAGGUUAAUGCAGGAGAAGUCAGACAACCAGAGCCUGGAUCUGGAUCAGCCCCGAGCAGCCAUCCAUGAGUUUCCAGAGGACAUCUUCACCAAGGAGCAGAGGAAGAAUGGGGCUGUGUGUCUCCAUGCACUCUGUGCCAUCUACAUGUUCUACGCUCUGGCAAUUGUCUGUGAUGACUACUUUGUUCCUUCCCUUGAGAAAAUAUCUGAGAACCUUCAGCUCAGUGAAGAUGUAGCCGGGGCCACAUUUAUGGCUGCUGGAAGCUCAGCUCCAGAGCUUUUCACCUCUCUCAUUGGUGUCUUCAUCACUAAAGGGGACGUUGGCGUCGGCACAAUCGUGGGCUCAGCUGUCUUCAACAUCCUGGUCAUAAUUGGUUUGAGUGGAAUCUUUGCAGGCCAGACGGUGGUUCUGACAUGGUGGUCUCUCUUUAGAGAUUCCUCCUACUACAUCCUGUCAGUACUGACUCUCAUCAUGGUCAUCUAUGAUGCCACAGUCGUCUGGUGGGAGUCCUUACUGCUAAUGACCAUGUAUGGAAUCUACAUUAUCAUCAUGAAGUUCAACUCCCAGAUUUUUGUGUUUGUGACACGUCGGUUGAGGAGCAUCAGGCCGUGCUGCCUCCGAUCAGAAGAACGGCGAGACAACAAGUUGGGAGAAGACACCUCGGCGUGCAACACAUCUAUGGUGCUUCUCAACAAAGGCCAAGCCCAUGGUCAGGAGGCUUCUCCAGUCGUCAUGGUAGAUGAGCUUCUCAUCCUCAACCCUCACAAACUGUCCUUCUCAGAGGCCGGCCUGCGGAUUAUGAUCACCCCCCACUUCUCACCCCGCACCAGGCUCUCCAUGGCCGGACGCAUGCUCAUCAGUGAGAGACAGAGACUGCUCCGUAUUUCAAAAAAUCAACGGGACGUUGACGCCGGACUCGGGUCAAGAGGGGGGUCCACCAGCAACAGUCUGAAGAGGACAGCCUCCUGCAGUCUGGAGAACGGAGGCGGGAGACCCGGGAUGGUCGACACAGAGUCAGGAGACAAGCCAGGGGCCGAGGUGUGCCAACAAGAAGAAGAAGAUGAAGACGAAGAUGGGAUUUUCAGUCCAGUGCGCAUUCCAGAUGGCUGGUGUGCGCGGGUAAAGUGGGUGAUCACAUGGCCUCUGGGCCUCUUGCUCUACUGCACUGUGCCUAACUGCAUUCUGCCACGCUGGCACCGCUGGUUCAUGGUCACCUUUGUGGCCUCCACUUUAUGGAUCGCUGUCUUCUCCUACCUCAUGGUGUGGAUGGUCACCAUCAUCAGCUUCACACUAGACAUCCCAGACUACAUCAUGGGCAUAACCUUCCUGGCAGCAGGGACAAGUGUGCCUGACUGCAUGGCGAGUCUGAUUGUAGCUCGACAAGGCAUGGGGGACAUGGCAGUGUCCAACUCCGUAGGCAGCAAUAUCUUUGACAUCCUGCUGGGUUUGGGCUUCCCCUGGGCUUUGCGUACACUUGUGGUGGAACACGGAUCAACAAUAUCCAUAAAUAAUAAAGGACUUGUAUAUUCUGUCAUCCUGCUGCUGGCGUCUGUGUUUCUGACAGUGCUGAGUGUUCAUCUGAACCGCUGGAGACUGGACCGUCGGCUGGGUCUGUGUCUCUUGUUUCUCUAUGCCAUCUUCCUGCUCUGCUCUAUCCUCUUUGGGCAGAUGUGAGGCUUACAGGUCAAAGGCCAACCCAACUCAGACACCAUGCUGAGGAUCUACCUUUCUACCACACGUCCUCUUUCCUGAAGCCAAAAGAAAGUGACGGCAUUGAUGUGUUCCUCUUAUUGAUUCCUCUGCACCUCAGUGGGACUUUUUAGGGUGAUACUGUACACAUGCAACUACACAAAAAGUUGUAGCUUUUUUUUUUUGUCCUUCUUGUACAGUGGAGUGUUUAAAAGCAGUCUUUAGGUAUUAAAUUGGGUGAUCUAGCAGAAAAUGUAGGAAUGUGGCAGAUGGAGGCAGCAGAUCUGUUGGGCCUUUGGUAAUAUUAAAAAAACACGCAGAAGUUAUGUAACUUAAAAAAAUGUUGAAGUCCUGCUGUUGCACAGUGGUGUGGUUAUUUAAUGGCCAAUAAUUUGAUGAUAAUUCUACAGAGAACUGAGCUGAAUUUUUGUUUUUCUGUUACAGCAGCCACUCUGCUUUCCUUUCCUGCUAACGUGCUAUUACAAAAGCUUUAUGGUCGGUGCUUGACUGAUGAUUGGCUGUUCUGCUGUCAGGUGAUGGAUGAGGCUCAUGAUUAGGUCAUGUGGCAGCUAAAUUUGUCAGCUGUGGACUAAUUUGCUAAAUUGCUUUAAAAAACAUUUUAAAUUGGGUUGGAGACGAGGUGCACCAAAGGCCUGGGUUCUGAAGCAAGUCCACCUUAAAAGGGAUGUUUUCUUAUCUGGCUUCAGUUAUCCUAACAUCAGACAACCCAAUAAAUCUGACAUGGUUAACUGAGAAAAGUCAGCCCAGGGUUUUUUUAAAUUAGCAAUGAGUGAGUUCACGUGAGAGGGACUGUGUUUGCAGAUGACCAGUCAUAAACAUGGACAAGUGUAUUGACACUGUUGCCACGUUUUACAAAGAUUAAAACUGUAAUAUUAAAAGAAAAAAACAACCAAAUCAGAUAAGGUCAGACUUGAUAAUGCUAAAUGACCUAAAGAUAAAAUGCUUUAUGAGUAUAAGCCAUUUAUAGCUAAAUACAAGAUACUCAAUCACUGCUCGAUCAUGAAGGUAGAAAGGGUUUGGGUGUAAUUAGGCUACUACUCUCCAUUACUUUAAGGUGCUGGUUGCCUAAAUGAAGGUUCCUCUGGGGUUUAGGACAGUUUUGGCCAAAGUCCUUCAGUUGCAAACUAGUCAUUGUUACAUGUCUGAGAACAACACUGGCUCAUCACAGUGUAACACAAAGUCAUUUAAACUUCUGGUCUAUCGCUCUGUCCAGUUAGGAAUCACUGCGAAUACAUUUCACCUGUUUUGGUGCAAAUGAAAGUGACAACAAGAAGAUGAUGCUCAAAGAGCGGCUCUCUCUCCUGACUGAUUUUUCUCUAGAUUCGCCUUUUGCCAACUUCCUUGUCACAGUAGUUGCAGCUGCAUUCAAGGUUGUCCAGCUUCAGCAGGAUGACACAUUGUUUGGUGCUUUUGUAAGGAAGGAAGUGGACUGUUGCAUGAGAGAGAGCACUACAAAACUCAUCAAUCCUGCUGCAAGACUGCUGUCUUCUCCUUUAUACAAUGAGGAAGAAGAGUACUUCUACAGCACUGCAAAUGACCUCCAAUGGGUUACGCUUGCAUGUCUCUGACCAAGCUGUCUGAAACAGGUCUCCUUUAGCGGGACCUGUGCUCACAGACCAGCCCCAUGUAGCCUGAAUGGGCUUCAGGUAUCAUCCCAUGCUACCACUAACAAAAAGGAGUCUAGCAGAAAAGCAAAACUAGAGAAAAAGCCCUCAUGAGGGGUAACCAUUCAUCUCCACUGCACUGGUCACUUUCACCAAAGCAGAUUCACAGCGGUUUAUAUUUAUGACUCUGUCAUACUGGGACGAUUAAGCGUUCACUUGUUUUAUUUUCUCAAGCAGCGUAUGAAAAUAAUUCAAUCCAGUUAGUAGGCUUAGCUGACUUGCAAAUUUUACAUAAGGACAAUAAGUACAAAACUUAGCUAUAGCUAUAUUAAUAAUUAUAGAACAAUGAAAAAUGUUUAGAUUUGUACAAGUUACUCCUGCUAAGAAGUGAACUGCCUUUGUAAAACUAAAGACUCAAGACCUUAAUCCUGGAUUAUAGUCCAGGACUCUGAGUCAUGAAAUAUCCGUUCAUCUCUAAUUUGAAAAACAAAAUAACAACAACAACAACCCUAAAAGAGCAAAGUAUUAAUCUCUUAAGCUCUUAGUACAAUUUUUUAUGUCUGUAUUUAGUCUGAAAAUAAACUCAGAACUAAACCUGUCAAGAAAACGCAGAGACGUAAAUACUUUUCUCUGAAAUACAGAGGUGUAUAAGUGCAACUUGUCAAAGUGGAAAUGCUGACAAACUGCCAUUGAUCUGGAGUUUUGGUUGGCGCACUCUGAGGGCAUCGCUUCAAAAACCCUCUACUCUUAAUGAGACUCCUACGCACAGUGAAAGGGCUAACAACCAAUCACCUCCCCCCAGCUGAUCCAGUCCAGCACCAACCAAGAUUUAUUUGGAGAUAGAUGUUAGCGACCCUAAGAGCAGAAAAAUCUGCCAAAAUUCUCCUAGAUAUUUUUCAGAUCUCACUGUUCUCCAUUCAUUUUAGAGCAAUAGUAAUACAGCAAAUUUACGUUCUACUUUUUUCAUUUGUUUAUAUUCUCAAUGGUAAUUCAACCAAGCUAAUUCAUGACAACAUCACUACCUAGCUGACUUCACCAUCGCAACAAGCACAAAUGGUUUCUGCGAGGGUUCAUUUUACUGACCUGCGUCUGAUACUGAAUCCACAUAUUUUCACACAGGAAUUCAGGGUUUUUUUCUGACUACAAAAAUCAAAGCGGCUGAGAAAGGUGUACACAGCUUGGAUGGAGGGCAAAAAUGAUGCAUCAACAGUAAAAAUCCUACUCUGUAUACAGUACAGAAAAAUGUCUUUAUAAUACGGAGUAAGAUAUGUUUCUUUCCCCACAAUAAUAGGGAGAAAACCCCAAUAAUCAGGUGACCCCCUCAUAUGAGCAAGGCGAUAGUGGGAAGGAAAAACUCCCUUUCAAUAGGGAGGAACCUCCAGCAGAACCAGGCUCAGGGAGGGGCGGCCAUCUGCCACGACCAGUGAGGGGUAAGGGGGAGGGACACAGAACAUUAAAGUCACUGUGGAAGAGAGGCAGAGAUUAAUAACUACUGAUUAAAUGCAGAGUGGUGUGUAAGCACAUAGAGAAUGAAAAAAGGUGAGUCGGGAAUAAAGACUCGGUGCAUCAUGGGAAGCCCCCCCAGCAGUCUAGGUGUAUUGCAUCAUAACUAAGGGAGGCUUCAGGGUCAUGUGAUCCAGCCCUAACUAUAUGCUUUAUCAAAAAAGGACAUUUUUAGGCCUAAUGUUAAAAGCAAACAUAAGCAGGCAAAUAAAAAACAAGAAAAAUGACUGCAGUUUUGAAUCUUACCAACAAGAAAUAACUUUUCAAUCACAUCACAGCCAGUUUCGCAUCAUAUUGGCACAAUUUAAGCAGAUCAUUUCAAGUCAUUUUGUCCGUGCUGCGAAGAGAUUACGAAUAGAGAUUUUCGAAUAGCCUCGUAUUUUCUGAAUGUAGCUGACGUUUGUGUGAAAAUAUUUACAUGCAUUCAAAUGUAGCAGCUGGCACUGAGUUACAGCAGAGCACGUCAGACGAGAAAGUGGGUGCUUUUUAGUCCUGCACUACAGGAAACCAUACAUGCGUCAGACUGUUUCUAAUACAGCCAAAAUGAAAUGCACAGUUUCACAAUAUUUUGACAAUUUUGCCUGACUAUUCUAAGCACCUGUUGCUGCAGCUUACUGUAAGUAAAAAGAGUAGCAGUAGAACUACGUUUUGGGGUUUGUUUGUUUUUUCAUUUUGAGGUCUUAUUACUAUGAAAUCUAAUAUAUAUAAAAAUAUCAGUGUCACCGAUUUUAAUGACUUUAUGUGCAGGUUACUAGUAAAACGUCACGUUUAGGUACGACUAUCGAUGUUUGUGUUUCUUGUACGUUUUAUGCGAUUGUGUCACUUUGGUGGAACAUUGUGCAGCAAAGCAGCCGAUCGGGACAGACACGAAACAGCGCGCACACGCAGAGACGCAUCUGUGUAUUUAUCGUGGCAAAAAUCGCCUUUGAGUUAAACAAUAUAUACUCAGAUACUCGCACAGUGUAAUUGUUGGUUUCUGAAGGACAAACUGUCCUGUUUUAGCUUGUUGUGUGAAUUCAAAUCUUAAAUGUUCCAGCAAAGGGAUCCAGGUGAUUUUUUUUCUUCCUUCAAAUGGCUGUACAAUUAUUAUCUUUGUCUAUUCGACAAUACUUUUUACUGUUUGUAAAUGUUAAAUAAUUUACAUAGUUUUACAAUAAUGAAUGUCCUACAGAGACUAGUUUUGUGGUGUUUUUAAAUAUAUUUUUUAAAUACAUGAUGUAAAGUUAAUUGUGAGUUAUUGUAAUGGAAACGAAUGCGCGUUCUGACGGUGCGUUCAGUGACCUUUUUAUGGUGGUAAUCUUUUGUUUCAUGGCUGAUUCACUGACACGGCUGGACUUCACGUAAGAGAGCAAAGACGACGACGCUCCCAUUUACAGGUUUAAAUUCAGUGAGGAUUUUGAAAUUUGUGAGCAGAAAACAGUGAAUUUCUUUUAUCUGUGCCAAGUUGUUUAGUUGUUUGUGUGCAGUGGAGGCAAAUGAAGCUUAUUUUUAAUUAACUUUAAUUGACUAUUAGACUUUUUACUUUGCCUUUUAACUAGUUAGGUGUGUAUGAUUUUGGAUGAUGACAUUGUUUUUGUAAUUAUGCCUCUGUACACGACCACGUCUGCAGCCAGACAUUGACUGCAAAGGAUUUUCAUCCAAGUAUUGAAAAAAAAAAUAUUUAAAAUGCUGUCCAAAUCAUUUUAAUAUUUAUAAAUACAACUGUAAAAACCCUGUUGAAUCAAAGCCUAAAAUCUGCAUUUUAAUCACAUCUAGACCGUUUUCACAGCACCACAAUGGAUUUUACAUCAGAGGUGAAAUUACAAAAAGUGUCAAUUAUCCAAAUAUUUAUGGGCUUAACUGUAUAUUUCAGAUCACAGUAACAGUCUUGCAUGUUAUCAAAGUCUGUUUUUAGAUUGAUUUGCUUUGAUAUUUUGUCGAAUUAAUGAGCCGGUUCCAAAGAUGGUGGAGUGCAGUCAAGGUUCAGAGGUCUGUUUUUGUGCAACACUCACAGUGAAAGGGAAACGUUUACUCAAUGCUGAAACUUUUUGUUUAAAAAAAAAGAAAAAGAAAUUAAUCAUCAUAAUAAUUGCUGACAUAUUAAGCUGCUAUUGCGUAUUCAUCGGCCAACACUGGCCUUGUUCACUUUUGUUGGCAUAUCAGUAAAUAACAUGUCAUUGGCUGACAUUAAUGUUAUAAUUUUUGUGCAAACUUUCAAAGGUAGUGUGAUGAAGAGCCAUGAUGAAGAUCUUUGUUCUUUUCACACAGGAGGGACAAAUAUGUAACUAAAACUACAGAAACAGGUGAUAUUUAUAAGGUCAAUGAUUUCCUCUAAGAUUCUGAUUUUGACUCUGUGUUGUUUGUAAUGUUUUCCCAACUCAAUCUUAAUCCAUUCUUCUUCUUCUUAUUAUUAUUAUUAUUAUUAUAGAAAAAGGUAUAGAUAGGCUUUCGUCUUAGAGCCACUAAAGGCAAACAGGGAUGAAAUGUUGGGUGAAAAUUUGCCUCAUAAAGUGGCCGCCCCCACAGUCUGAGUAUCACUAUACUUAAAGUUUAAUUGCCAAUAUGAGCACAGAAUAUCAGGUACCGAGUGCAUUCAACUUUUUCCUAUCAUCUCCAUCCUUCAUCCAUCAUCCAUCAUAAUUUGUCAUGUUUUGCCAGCAGUUUACUUAAAGCAGUGUGUGACACCAGUCUUUUUUCACUCCGCUGUAAGCUCCUGAUACACACCUCAUAAUAAGCAGCGUCAGAACUGCUCGACUUGCUGCAGUACUUGUUGUGGUUUCACCGCAAAAAAGCAAAAUUUAAAAAAAAAAACAAACAAUGUUCUGGUUAUUCAGCUGUGAUGUUGGAAAUAGAAGAUAUUUUAGACUACAAAUUUACUGCUAUAGAGAUUGUAUUGGAUCAUAGAAGACUGUUCUUGUAUCUUGAGUGCAAUAAAAAAAAUGUGCAAUAA